UCCCCCUGGUCAAUACAAUACAGUGCAAGGCUUUUAAACCAAUACUUUUAGUUCGAACAUAACAGUAGUAAGACAUAUCUUUAGUGCAGUUUUUUGGGGGACACAAACGCUCUAAAAAGAAGAUGGAAAUCUUUUCAAAGGACAUCUCGCGAUAUCAAAAUGCUCGCUGGCGGUAAUGUUACAAAACAUGUUUGGUAACAAGCAUGCUGUCUAAGAAAAGUGACAAGCGCCAUCUCACCCCCUCGAAGCAAAACGCCUGCAUAGAUAACCUCGCAAUUUAUGCGAAUUACAAUUUAAAUAAAGUUUAACCAGCAGUAGUGACGUCUUAUUUCCUGGUUCGAGUUUCAUAACAGCUGACUGAAUUCCAACAACGAUGCCCGAAGGACCCGAGUUGCACCUGGCCAGCCUUUUUGUGAACAAAAUGUGUGAGGGGGUGCUAUUUUCUGGCCCGGUCAGAAAGUCCGAGGUCAGCAAGAGCCCCGACGUGGCAUUCGCCUGCGAGGCGUACCGCAUCAGUGCCGCUUCCAGAGGGAAGGAAGUGAAGCUCACGCUGACGCCAAUUAAGAGUGAUGACACGAAGGCCAAAGAGGCACAGCAGCCCAUGGACAUUGUGUUUCGCUUUGGCAUGUCAGGCUUUUUCCGUUUCACCGCGGAGGGUGAGCUGCCCAAACAUGCCCAUUUGUGCUUUUAUUCGAAAGAAAAGCCUCGCAGAGUGCUCAGCUACGUGGACGCGCGCAGGUUCGGCAGCUGGCAGCCACAUGGAACCUGGCAGCCUGACAGAGGGCCUUGCAUCAUGUUUGAGUACAAAAGCUUCAGGGAAAAUGUGGUGACGCACCUGUCUGACCGUGCCUUUGACCGGCCCAUCUGUGAAGUCUUGCUCAAUCAGAAGUACUUCAAUGGCAUCGGCAACUAUCUCAGGGCGGAGAUCCUUUACAGGUUAAAAAUCCCACCCUUUGUGCCUGCCCGCACCGUGCUUGAAGGUCUUGAGUCAGAGGAUGCUUGUGAAGACAAGAAGCCUGUGAAGAAUGACAUUUUGAACCCAAAGGCUGCGAGGACAGCUCAAAAGAUUCAAGUGAAAAACGAGAGCGCCGACCUGCUCAGGCUGUGCCACACAGUUCCUCUGGAGGUGAUUCAUUUAGGUGGGAAAGGCUACGAUCCGGAGAAGGCGGACUACUCUGACUUUGAGGCCUGGCUGCAGUGUUACUAUGUGGACGGAAUGAAGUCCAUGCGUGACCACAAUGGCAGGACUAUGUGGUUCAAAGGCGAUCCAGGCCCCAUGGCUCCCAAAGAUCCUAAAUCACCAAAGGCCAAAAAGAGAAUGAAAAAAGAGGACGAUCAUGAUUACACCAGCGUGAAAAAGGAGGCCAGGACACAAUCCGAAACCACAGGGUCAAAAACAGUCAAAAAGAAAAUAAAAGCGGUACAGACAAAAAAGGACGUGCCACAAAAAGAAACCACACCUCGAAAAACUGUAAAAUGCUUGAAAAUGGACACGCCACAACGUGAACACAAACAACCUGCAAGGAGGAGGAAGACGACAGAGCCAGCAGAAGGUUCUCGGAGGCGGAGCAGUAGACUGACGAGACAAAAUGUGAAGUAAAAACAAAAAGGAGGCCGUCACUGGAUUUUGAAACACGAUUUUUAUUUUUUUGUAUCUUUUUAAUAAUAAUAAUAAAAAAUUACAAUUCA